CAAGGACCCAGCCUCUGCUAGGGGCGGUCUUGCAGCCUCAGCUGCUUGCUCCUCCCUCCCCUGCCUGGGCUGAUUCUGCUGCUUCUGCUUCCUCCCGGGGAAGGCUGGAGCUGGGCUGGGCGGUGCUGGCCCCUUCUUGCCCCUCUCCGUGCCCUUGGCAGCACUUUCCCCAUGCGGCUUUCUGGGACCGGCUACCGGUGAGGCACCGAACAGGCGCUGUGCAAGGACCAAGGGAAGAUGCGGGCGACAGGCUGCCUGGGGGUCCCGACCCUCCACAAGCUGCCCAGCGUGUUCAUGGUGGCAGCCCUGCUGGGGCUCCUGCCUUUGCUUCACAGCCAUGGCUUGCAGCCAAACCCUAUGCUGGCCUCGGAGGCACCCCACCACUACCCAGCAGUGGUCCGGGACAACGAGCCAGGGGACUUCACGUCUGCCCCUCCUGGCAUCUCAGAGGAGAUUCACCCUCUGAGCAAGCACUCCAGUAACCACACAGGCAAUGGGCACAGCAAGCCUGAGAAAGCUUUCCCCGUCCUGGGCAUUGACUAUGCCCGCAUCCGGAUCCCCUUUGAGAUCUCGCUCUGGAUACUCUUGGCCUGCCUCAUGAAACUGGGUUUCCACGUUAUUCCCUCUGUGUCCAACAUCGUGCCGGAAAGCUGCCUGCUCAUUGUGGUGGGCCUCCUGGUUGGGGGGCUCAUCAAAGGUGUAGGCGAGAGCCCCCCCAUCCUGAACUCCGAAAUCUUCUUCCUCUUUCUCCUCCCACCCAUCAUUUUGGACGCCGGCUACUUCCUGCCCCUGCGCCAGUUCACAGAGAACCUGGGCACCAUCCUCAUCUUCGCUGUGGUGGGGACGCUGUGGAACGCCUUCUUCCUCGGCGGGCUGAUGUACGCGGUGUGCCAAAUCGGCGGCACCGGCCUCAAUCACAUCGGCCUGCUAGCCAACCUGCUCUUCGGCAGCAUCAUCUCGGCUGUGGACCCCGUCGCGGUGCUCGCCGUCUUUGAGGAGAUCCACAUCAAUGAGCUCCUGCACAUCCUGGUGUUUGGGGAGUCCCUGCUCAAUGAUGCUGUCACCGUUGUGCUCUACCACCUCUUUGAGGAGUUUGCUAACAUCAAACAAGUGACCAUCAUCCACAUCCUCCUGGGCUUCAUCAGCUUCUUCGUGGUGUCCCUGGGUGGUGUCUUCAUCGGCAUCAUCUACGGGAUCGUUGCAGCCUUCACCUCCCGCUUCACCUCCCAUAUCCGGGUCAUCGAGCCCCUCUUCGUCUUCCUCUACAGCUACAUGGCUUACCUGUCGGCUGAGCUCUUCCACCUCUCCGGCAUCAUGGCGCUUAUUGCCGCCGGCGUGGUCAUGCGCCCGUAUGUGGAGGCCAAUAUCUCCCACAAGUCCCAUACCACCAUCAAGUACUUCCUGAAGAUGUGGAGCAGUGUCAGUGAGACGCUCAUCUUCAUCUUCCUCGGCGUCUCCACUGUGGCUGGCAAGCACUACUGGAACUGGACCUUUGUCAUCAGCACCCUGCUCUUCUGCCUCAUUGCCAGGGUGUUAGGUGUCUUGGGCCUCACCUGGUUCAUUAACAAGUUCCGCAUUGUGAAGCUGACCCCCAAGGACCAGUUCAUCAUCGCCUACGGGGGCCUGAGAGGGGCCAUCGCCUUCUCGCUCUGCUACCUCCUGGAUUACUCGCACUUCAACAUGAGGGACAUGUUCCUCACAGCCAUCAUCACUGUCAUCUUCUUCACUGUCUUCGUGCAGGGCAUGACCAUCCGCCCGCUGGUGGACCUGCUGGCCGUGAAGAAGAAGCAGGAGACAAAACGCUCCAUCAACGAGGAGAUCCACACCCAGUUUCUGGACCACCUCCUGACUGGGAUUGAGGAUAUCUGUGGUCACUACGGCCAUCACCACUGGAAAGACAAGCUGAAUCGCUUCAACAAGAAGUACGUGAAGAAGUGCCUGAUCGCGGGCGAGCGCUCCAAGGAGCCCCAGCUCAUCGCCUUCUACCAUAAGAUGGAGAUGAAGCAGGCCAUCGAGCUGGUGGAGAGCGGUGGCAUAGGCAAGAUCCCCUCAGCGGUCUCCACAGUCUCCAUGCAAAACAUCCAUCCCAAGACCUUGCCUGUGGAGCGUAUCCUCCCGGCCCUGUCCAAGGACAAGGAGGAGGAGAUCAGGAAGAUCCUGCGUAACAACCUGCAGAAGACCAGGCAGAGGCUGCGAUCCUACAACCGGCACACACUGGUGGCCGACCCCUACGAGGAAGCCUGGAACCAGAUGCUGCUGCGAAGGCAGAAAGUCCGGCAGCUGGAGAAGAAGAUGAACAAUUACCUGACAGUCCCGGCUCACAAGGUCGAUUCGCCCACUAUGUCCAGGGCUCGCAUUGGCUCAGACCCACUGGCCUACGAGCCCAAGCCAGACUCAGAGAACCUCCCCAUCAUCACCAUCGACCCUGCAUCGCCCCAGUCCCCGGAGUCAGUCGACCUGGUGAAUGAGGAGAUGAAGGGCACGAGCCGCCUGCCGCCAUCACCCGAGGAGGAUGAGGAGGGGCUUGUGAUGCGGGUCAAGGAGCCGUCCUCCCCGGGCACGGACGAUGUCUUCACCCCGGGGCCCAGCGACAGCCCCAGCAACCAGCGGAUGCUGCGGUGCCUGAGCGACCCCGGGCCUCGGCCGGAGCCGGAGGAAGGGGAGCCCUUCAUCCCCAAGGGGCAAUAGCAGUGGGCAUGCAGCCGGCUCCGGCCUGGAGGGGUGCCGUUGCAUACGUGUGGAUUGUCUCUUUCCCCGGGUUCCCCUGCCCCUGGGUGCUGGGUUUCAGGCUGGAGGGGGGCACUGUGGACAAGGAGGAAGAGGAGACCCCCGUGGGAGGGGGCCCCUCCAUUGUAGUUUGGUUCUACAGCUUCCCUGGGCUGCGUCCUGAGCUGCAGGAGCCUGCGUAGUCUGCAGGCACCUCCUGCCCGAGGGCAGCUCCGUGUCUGUUCACCCUGCCUCAGCUGCAGCCCCAGCCCUCGCCAACUCAGGACCUGCGGUGGCAGCGCGUGUGCUUGGGGCACCCCCUCACGGCGCUGGCGGACAGGAAGACGGGCUCUGGCCUGGUCCCUCGCAGCGCCCUCUGCUCCCAGCACAGUGCAGCUUCUCCUCCGCCAAGCUUUGCUCUUCCCCACCACAAGCUACAGCAUCCCUGCUCUCUGUCUGGCCACCGAGGCUGGCGUUGCCCCCAGCACAGGGACUGAAACCCCGCAACAAGGUUCGCCAGGCUGCCACCCUCCAGCAGCCUCAGCAGCACCCGGACAUCCCUCCACCCUGGCCUGGCUCAGCUCUGCAUCGUCGUGCUGUGCUGUUGGGGUCCUCCAUCCACCCAGCUCCCGCCCAGACAGCCAGGUUUUUAAGUGUCUCCUUGUUCAGUGUUGGAGCGAAUGCAGCGUGUGGGGCUCUUGCUGGGGUUGGGGGUGGAACGGGUGCAGUAUAGCCAUAGCCAGGGGGUGGUGCUCUGCUUCUGUUGUGGCUUUUGGAGGUCUCUGUGCACUUUGUCCUUGCUCAGACCCUGUAGGGAUAGGCGCGUGAGCAGGGACCCUGCUGCAGGACCCCAGCCCCUGCGGGCCACGUUGGGGCCCUGUCCCGGCAUAGUCACGGCAGGGCGGGGACUUCUCUGGACUCAUGCUCCCUACCUUCUUUUAAUCACCCACCCACAGAUGGAUCUCCACAUACCGGGUAAAUCCACGAACAUUUCUUAACCAAAGACGGCUGUGAGGGUCACUGUAUAUCACAGGGAGGAGAUUGCAGAGGCUGGGACUGCUUCUGGCUUUGUCUUUUUACUGCAUACUUCAUAUCUUUCCUUGAACGGGGGCUUUGUGGGCAUGGGGGAGCCUUGGGGGUGGCCAGCCUGGCACCCUGCCUGCUGUGGCACUGCCCCCGCCUUGUCCUGCACUGCACAGUCCUCGAUGCUAAGCUUUAAUGGCCUUUAACUCCAAAAGAGGUAGGUUUGAAUUCAGGAGGAGCAGAAUCGGGGCCUUAGGCUCUCACUGCAAUGGUGACUGUGCUGUCCAGCCUUCCCCUCUGGGCGUCCUGAUCACACUCAGACCUCUAGUGCUGCCUCCUGCCCUUGGCCCUGCUCCCCACCCCUGCUAGACUCCGUCCUACCCCCUGCCUUGGGCUCGCCCGAGGUCCGCUCUUCUUGCACGGGGUACCUGGAUCUCCGGCACUUGCUGUUCUCUUGGGCUGCCAAGCUUUGCUCCUCCUGCCCCCCACCCCCUCCCUUUUUAAUCCAAGACGGGCUCCAGGUCCUCUGGGCUAGGAGGGAUCCCAUGGGCUACCCUGCAUGGGGCUGCUCCGCAGGGUGCCUGUGUGCGGGAUGGGGGAGGCCUGGGGGUGGAGGGGAGGGCUGUGCAGGCAGGAGGCUCUGUCGUGAUCUACAGGGUGUGCGUCACCUAGCCAGCUGCUCCCGUGGUUCAGGGACCCUCCCUGCCCCUGUGGCCUCCUCUGAAGAGUGCCCCCCACCCUGCCCCAUGCUGUGCCUUUCUGCCAUGCAGUGUCUGCUUGCGUGACUAGCGUCGUCUGAGCCUCUCUGCCUUUCGCAAGCGCUCUGUGCGUGCCUGUGACGUUGUCAGCCUGCCUGGCGCCUCUGCCCGGGCCCAGGCCUGCUCUGUGUGCGAAUCCACCCUGCCCUCUGAAUAGCCACCCUCCCACAUGCCCGUCGCAGCCCAAGCCGUCCACAGGGACAGGGCAGAGGGGCCUGGGGGCAGCCCGGCCCCCAACUCAAAUCGUGCAAUAUCUCUAUUCACCGCAGAGCUCUUUGCAGCUGCCGGCACGAGCAGAGGCCGAGAGCCUGCGGUCCCCUGGCUGUCCAUGUGCGCGUGUGCCUGUGUAUGAUGCUCUGUUUCCGGGAGGAAUAAUCAAGCAAUGAAAAUUCUCUCUUGUAUAAAAAACACAUGUAAAGAGAAUCUUUUUUCAUGAAUAUUCUAAUAAAUUAAUGUUAAUUUUUA